AUUAUGUCAGUUCCAAUCGUCAGUCUUGUCAUUUAAUAAUUAACAACGUUGUAUCGUCUAUCACUAUUGCAAGUUUUUCAGAGUUCUGGAAUAAAUUGUCGAUUUUUUAGAAGUGCUUCAUAAUAAAAUCUAUCGAAAAAUUAUUACACAACUAUAACACUAUGUCUGCAUCUAUUAACGGCUGCUUUAUCUUCUUCGUUACAAGUUUAAUUUUGUGUGUGUUAAUAUCAACUGAUAACUUCGUCCUAGCAAAUGAGAAUGACGCUGAAAGUAUUUCUAAAAUAGGCCAAGGAAUGGGUCAUAUAAUGAAUAUUUAUUAUUGUUAUUCUUGUGGCUACAGAAAAGUAUUUGAAGAUUAUGCAGGUAUAAUACAACAAAAGUAUCCUGAAAUCUCAGUUCUCGGAGCUAAUUACGAUCCUCCUGGCUUAAAUAUGUACUUAUCAAGAUUAAUUGGUUUUGCUAAGAUGAUUGUUAUAAUGUGUAUUUUAAGUGGUGUCAACAUAUUUGCAUGGUUAAAUAAACCACAGCCGUCCUGGUGGAGCUGGUGCCUUGAAAACAAGCUAUAUGCCUGUAUGAUGAUGUUUUUCAUGGCUAACAUGAUUGAAGGACAAUUAGUGUCAUCUGGUGCAUUUGAAAUCUCGCUAAAUAAUAUUCCAUUAUGGUCAAAAUUGGAGACAGGAAGAAUUCCACAGCCACCAGAACUAUUCCAAAUCAUUGACAAUACUCUGCAAUUUUCCAAAAUGGAAAUGCCAGCUAAUAAUUUUGGUCAGUAAUACCAAUACAAACAUUUCUUUUAAGUAAUUUUGUUUUAGUGAACAUUACUGUCAGAUAUUUCACUCUAUAAUAUAAACAAGCGUAAAAUAAUAUUGUUGCAAAUUGUACUUGCUCCCUAUUCACAAAAAAAUUUCUGACUAUAAAUGCAAAAUAUUUUUAUAUUAAUUAAUUGAGGUUACAAACUAAAACUCAACAUUACAAACAUCAGUAGAAUGAUAAUAUAAAAUAUCUGUAUGUAUGAUACUGUAAUUAAUGUUAGUAUUUUUAGAAUUUGAAAGAUUUGUGAUUAAGGGUUUAAUAAUAGCUGUUGAAUGUGUGAUUUAAAAUUCUGUUCAAUUCAUUUGUAAUAUACAUUUUUUGAGAUAGCAUUUUGAGUAUCUUAUCUGUUCCUAUGAAUAACUGUGUUUACAAUAUUCUUAAAGCAUUUGUCCUUGUUAUAUAUCUUAGAGAAAUUAUCUAGUCAGGUGAUACAUGAUUCAUGCAGCAAUAUCAGAGAUAAACAGUGGUGGGAAAUAUUUAAUAAAUAAUGUUUUGC